UUAUCGGUGGGCUGGAGCGUUAAUCCCUUUAAAUUCCAGUCGACAGAGGCGGAGCAAAUCACCCUGCUGCGUAUUCAGUUCUCUCACUUGUUAUUUAGAGUGGAGCAAUGCGAAGUGUGCACAUGACGGAUUUACCACGAAAGUAAUUAUUUACUAUAGGAAAACGGUAUAGACAGGCGUCCGCGAACCAAGCAGAUGGUGCUCCUCCGGCCAUGACUCGUACCAGGCUCCCCACGGUUGAAGCGGCGUUGAUAUUUCUAUCUGUCGCACAGCUGAGCACAGCUCUGAAGUGUGUGUGCCAGCUAUGUAACAACAACACCUGUGAGACGGGCGCGGACGGGGCCUGCUGGAACUCUGUGAUGCUGAUCAACGGGAAGGAGGAGGCCGUCAAGUCCUGUCUGUCCCCGGCUGAGAUGAGGGGACAGGUCUUCUGCUACAGCUCCCGGAACGUCUCCAAGAGGAACUGCUGCUUCACAGACUUCUGCAACAACGAGACCCUGCAUCUGCAUCCAGGCUAUGUAGAAAGGCCUUCGGAGGAGCCUGGCUGGGGCAGACUGGAGCUGGCAGCAGUCAUCCUGGUGCCCUCUACCCUGCUCUGUGUGAGCAUCCUGCUGGGUGUGUGUGUGGUGCAGAGCCAGCCCUGUGCCUACAACCGGGCCCACAAGAAUGACGCGGAGGAGCCCCUGGAUGACCAAAGUCUUAUGUCCCCCGAUAAGUGUCUUAAAGACCUCAUCUACGAUAUGAGCACCUCCGGCUCAGGCUCCGGGCUACCACUGCUGGUACAAAGGACAAUAGCUCGGACCAUCGUGCUGCAGGAGACCAUUGGGAAGGGCCGCUUCGGGGAGGUGUGGCGAGGGAAGUGGCGAGGGGAGGACGUUGCGGUGAAGAUCUUUUCAUCCCGUGACGAGAGGUCCUGGUUCAGAGAAGCAGAGAUCUAUCAGACCAUCAUGCUCCGACACGAGAAUAUCCUGGGAUUCAUUGCAGCUGAUAACAAAGAUAACGGCUCUUGGACCCAGCUGUGGCUGGUGACCGAGUACCACGAGCACGGCUCCCUGUUCGACUACCUGAACAGGUACACAGUGUCUGUGGAUGGCAUGAUCGUUCUGGCCUUGUCCAUCGCCAGCGGCCUGGCACACCUCCACAUGGAGAUCAUUGGCACUCAGGGGAAACCUGCCAUUGCCCACAGAGACAUAAAGUCUAAAAACAUUCUGGUGAAGAGGAAUGGGACGGCUGUCAUAGCAGACCUCGGAUUGGCUGUGAAACACGACUCCAGUACCAACAUCAUUGAUAUACCGUCCAAUCACAGAGUAGGAACAAAGAGGUACAUGGCCCCAGAACUGCUGGAUGACACGAUCAAUAUUGGCAGCUUUGAGUCAUUCAAGCGGGCAGACAUCUACUCCCUGGGCCUUGUAUUCUGGGAACUGGCAAGGAGGUGUUCCAUCAGGGGACUUCAAGAAGAUUUUCAGGUGCCUUACUAUGAUAUGGUGCCUUCAGAUCCUUCUGUGGAGGACAUGAGAAAGAUGGUCUGUGACCAGAAACUGAGACCCAACAUUCCCAACCAGUGGCAGAGCUGUGAGGCACUGCGGGUGAUAGGCAAGCUGAUGCGCGAAUGCUGGUAUGCCAACGCUGCAGCUCGCCUCACCGCGCUGAGGGUCAAGAAAACCGUCUCUCAGGUGACUGUACUCAAGGACAUCAAAGAUUAGCUAGCCCACUGGCUGGCGCACCAGAAUGUACUGUUAUUGGUCUGGAGCAAAGCAUCCUCAAGACCACGCUGAAAGAAGAAACACUCAGCUGGGUCGUAUUAAUUAGAAACCAAACAAAAGAAAAUGGGGAGGGACUACCUAAACCUAUCCAAUAAGACAUUCUCAUUACAAACGGUUUUGUUGUGGUUAGUAAAUGUAGGUUUUAGCACUGUGUUACAAAUGCCUGUAUCGCAAGAAUCAAGAUUUGUUUUGUUUUAUGAGCGUUCAUGCCCCCUUGUUCUCGUGAACUCUUUUUGGUCUCAUCUCCUUCGCUCCUUCUGUGCUGUUUGCACCUUCCCACUUGCACACACACACACACACACACACACACACACACACACACACACACACACACACACACACACACACACACACACACACACACACACACACACACACACACACACACACACACACACACACACACACACACACCAAGCCUUUCCCCAUGCCACUCACGUCAAACAUUAAAGAUGUUCUAUUUGCAUUUGAGGGUUGGUCCAACAGAAUUGGUCACAUGGACACCCAAACACAAUGAGACAUUACUUUUUUAUGUCUCGACUCCCAGACCCUCCUAGAACUGGAGGAUCAGUGAACAUGAUUGUGGAACAUUUAAUGCACAGUUUCUGUCACACUGUGACAGAAAUGCAGUACUUGGUACCAAGUUCCGCUAGGAGCAUUUUAGCCACAUACUGUUAAUGUGCUAGCUGUCUAGUCUGUUUUUAUACAUGUGCAAUGAGCAUAAGAA